AUGCCAUCACGUUUGGGAUCACGUUCAGGUUGUACGAUAGUGCAGCAAAUGCCACGACAGGUCAAAAAAGUCUCAGUGCCUAUAGUACCCGAUAUUAGUACUCAAAAGUACGGAACAUGUCAAACGAACGUUGUUGAAGCAGCGAAGACAAGGGAUCUUUACGAGUUAGAACAUUCUGUUAUAUUGCAGCAAAAGAAUGGCUUAUUGGAAAGUGGAAAAUGUGGUAAAAAUGCAAAGUUGCUGUCAAAUGUGAUACAUAUACCAUCCACUAGCAUGACAGCAUUGAUAGCACCUUCAACUUUAUGUGUCAGCGACGAUUCAUAUUCUGCUCAUACGCUGUUCAGCAGGAGAAAAU